AUGGACGACCCUUCACGUAUUCCACCCAGUGCCUCAGAGAGACAACGUCGUGCAUUAACAAAUCCUGCUCGUGCCCAAGGUCGAGGUCGGGGUCGGGAUAGAGGUUGGGGUGAUGAUGUUGUGUUGAAGGAAGCACCUCAAAUCUUGGAAGAGGAUGUGAUUGAUAAUGGUUCAGGGGAUGACGAUGAUGCUGCUGAUGUUGAUCAAGUUGAGGAGGUACUCAUUGGUCCGUUUCCUGAGGGGCCAUCAGAUCCAUCAAUACUGAAGAGCUUCAAGGCACAUAUUGCAACAGCUAUAUGGGAUCAGAAGGAGAGGAACCCCUUAAGGUGUUAUAAUCAUGCGUCCAAGAUUCUUGAGUGGCGGUGGUGGUCAAGAACCGACAAUAGAAGGUUUAGAGACAUUAUGCAACAGUCAAGCCUAUCUUUUUUGGUCUAUUGCACAUAUCGGUUCGUGAAUAGGAUUGUCAUUUCUGCAUUUGUUGAGCGAUGGCAACCAGAGACAAAUACUUUCCAUUUGACAGUUGGUGAGAUGACAAUGACAUUGGAUGAUGUGGGUACCAUCUUGGGGAUCCCUAUCAUUGGUAGAUUAGUUAGUGCUGCAACUUUGACAGAUCAACAGGCAGAUGCACUUGUGGUAGCUGCAUUGGAAGUUGAUGAUGCUGAAGCAACUGAGGAGCUAUCAUCUGCUAGGGGACAAUCAAUAAAACUGGAGUGGUUACAGAGCAAAUUCAGUGGUUGUAAAGAUUCAGACACCGAGGAGUCCAUAGUUUGUGCCGCAAAAGCGCAUCUACUAUUUCUAUUGGGAUGUACACUGUUUAGCGACAAGAGUGGGAUGAGAGUUCCUGUUGUGUACUUGCAGUUGUUAAUGGAUGUGACUGAUAUUCAUACAUAUGCUUGGGGUGCAGCUGCAUUAGCAUAUUUAUACAGACAGUUGGGAUUUGCCAUGAGAUCAGCGAUUCGACAGAUGGCUGGUUACAUGACAUUGUUGGAGUGGUAUACAAACAUCACACACUUAUAUAUCGAGAACCCCGCACAUCGGUCUGGUUUUAACCCACGUGCACAGGAUAGUCAAUCUGAUGUGCAGGAUGUUGAGCGUAUUGAUCAUGCACUACGAAUUGUGCAUCCUAUCAUCGAGGCGGGCCAUGAUGCUAGUGUUCAUGAGCCAGAUAGGUUAUAUGAGGCCAUUGAAAGGGCAUCACAUGUUCUUCAGGGUCAACAAAUUGAUGAGGCUGGACCUAGUUCUAUUCCAUUUCGGACAUACAAUCAUAGGAGACGAGUACAUGAUAGGAAGUAUUAUGCCAAUGCAUUUGAUACACCGCAAUGA